AUGCUGGGAUCCGAGGCCGGGGAGCAGAAUCUGCAGCUCCGCAGUGACAGGGGUGAUGGGGCAGCUUGCAAAAAACGAGAGGAUUAUCUCAAGCGGUCAGAAUACUUUAUGGCGGUGGCUUUUCUAUCAGCACAGAGGAGCAAAGACCCAAACUCCCAGGUUGGAGCUUGCAUUGUGAAUCGUGAAAACAAGAUUGUUGGCAUUGGGUAUAACGGAAUGCCGAAUAGAUGCAGUGAUGAUUCUUUACCAUGGGGAAGUGGUGCUAAAAAUGAACUGGACAACAAAUAUACGUAUGUUGGUUAUCGGUUAGAUGUAACCGCCAUCCAAAUGCCCAGCUUGAAUUUCCUGAUCCCAGCAUGA